AUGCCGUCUACACCCUCGGAGACAGAGUCUCAGAAUAAGCGAAAGGCCUCCACCGCCGGCCUGUCGGGACGAGACCGCCCAGUUAAGCGAAGGGCUUCUCGGGCUUGCUGCUGCUGCCGUGCUCGCAAAGUGCGAUGCGAUGUAGUCGAGAAUGGCUCUCCGUGUACCAACUGUCGCCUGGACCAGGUAGAAUGUGUGGUCAUGGAAAGCAAGCGCCGAAAGAAAUCUCGCGCCGAUGUAGAGGUCAGGAAGCCGACUCCAGAAUCGUCUGCCGAAUCGUCCGAGGACGUGGCGCGACGAGCGAGGGCAAACUCGGUACUGGACAUGCUGGAGCAGCAUGAUGCCCUGUCACCAUCCCAGCGAUCCGUGGACCUGGAUGCCUCGCAGCACAUGCCGCAUUUCAUCUAUCAAUCGCGUGGCUCCAACCUCGACAAUGACACGGAAGCGAGGCGGCGGUCGAGCAUGUCGCAGCCGAUGGCAAACACGAACUCGACGUUUGGUAUCGGGUCCAACGUGACUGACGCGAUCCAGCAACUACUCGGCUCGCCACGGCCCCGCACCUUCCUCCCAGACUACAUCCGCGGUCUGCCGCAGCGCCUGCAGCGCGAAGACGUCGAAUAUCUCGCUGCCAAAGGCGCCCUGACUAUUCCAGACACCACCCUGCGCAACGAGCUCCUGAAAGCCUACAUCUACUAUGUGCAUCCGUACAUGCCCCUCUUGGAUCUGGAAGAAUUCCUGCAGGUCAUUGCCCGCAACGAUGGCGUCCACCGGAUGAGCUUGCUGCUGUUCCAGGCAGUCAUGUUUGCAGGAACUGCGUUCGUUGACGUCGAGCAUCUUCUCAACUCCGGUUAUUCCAGUCGGAAAUCUGCCCGGAAAAUCUUUUUCCAACGAGCUAGGCUGCUGUAUGACUUUGACUAUGAAGUUGAUCGCAUCUCGCUUGUGCAGUCACUUCUGCUGAUGACAUACUGGUAUGAGACACCCGACGACCAGAAAGAUACCUGGCAUUGGAUGGGUGUGAGCUUGUCUCUGGCUCACACUAUUGGACUUCACCGAGACCCCAGCAACUCGGGUAUGGGCCCAAGGAGGAAACAGCUCUGGAAACGCAUCUGGUGGAGCACUUAUACACGAGACCGACUGAUUGCGUUGGGAAUGAGGCGACCGAUGCGAGUCAAAGAUAACGAUUGUGACGUGCCAAUGUUGACGAUUGACGAUUUCGAAUUCAAACAAUUUCCCCCGGAAGUGUUGAGUAUGUUGGAUGACUGCGAAUUUCUAUACAAUACCGAACACCAGCGACAGCUGGCAAUGAUGUUCAUCGAGAAGUCGAAAUUGUGUCUCUCUGUCAGUCAGGUUUUGUCAGCUCAAUACUCAGUUCUGAGCCAUCGAUUCGGAGGUACUACGGAAACCACAAUGAUGCUCGUGCCAAAGAAAUCCAAUUCAGAAACAUUUGAAGUUCGACAUUGCGAUGGGGAUCUUGAGAAUUGGCAGGCGAAUUUGCCUGAUCAAGUUCGAUUCAAGCCUCUAGUUGGCGUCGACGCUUUGUCACCAGCCGAAUCCUCCUUGCACCUUCACCGUGCCUUGCUUCGCAUGAUCUACCUCACCACGUCGAGUGCCCUCCAUCGACCCCAGGUACUACCGGCGACGCCCUUCCCCACUGUCGAGGCAGAAUUGCAAGAAGUUUCCCGAAACAAGGUGAGAUGUGCGGCUGUCGAGAUCACAAAUAUUGCUCAAGGUCUCCAUAAGCUUGACCUUACUCGCUACCUUCCGACUGCUGGUGUCACCGUUCUGCUACCUGCCGUGAUCAUUCAUCUACUCGAUAUCAAAUCCAACGAUCUCAGCAUUAGGAUGGUCAGCCUACAACGCUUUUACCAGUGCAUGCGCAUCUUGCAGCGACUUCGUGAAAUUUAUGCAUCGGCAGACUUUGCGACUUCAUUCUUAGAAGCAGCAAUCCGCAAGGCCGGCAUUCAACUCAAUAUUUCUGGAAUGGAAGGUAAAGCCGGUGCGCCACCAGGAACAGUUCGUCCUGCGGCUCUGACGCCGCCACCGGACUCUCAGACAGCGGGACCGACCUAUUCCCAGACUCCUGCCGGCUUCCGUAUCCCGGAAAUCGAUACUGCCAUGAGUCUUAGUGCGGCGACGCCACCACAUUCAGACGGUAGCGACAAUGGCAGCACACAAAAUCUGAACCCGAAUGUUUUUAAGGACACUUUUGAGCAGCCAGACUUGAGUCUAAGCGAUUUCAUUGGCCUGGCCAAUGACGCCGAAGUCACUCAAAACGACUUUGACGCCCUUCUCAACUUUGAUGAAACGAGCCAUGACAUGUUUACCGACGAUGGCCUCAAUCUAGACGCGAUGGGAACAGAAGGCCAAGACAAGGGUGGCAUGGGCAUGGAUGUCAACCUCGCGAACGAGUUUACCUCGGAUUCUCAUAUACUGGGUUACGAGAUCGAGUCCGAUCUGGGCUUUGCGCUGAGGCUUUAA